AUGUACGACUCCGUGCUGACCGGCCUGCAGAACAUGCUGGAGGAGCGCAAGCGCAACCCCGACUACCAGUACUCGGUCGUCGCCUUCACCGACGGCAAGAGCAACAUGGGCCGGCGCCUGGAAGACUUCAAACGCGCCUACGAACAGCUGCCCGAGGACGUGCGCGGCAUCCCCGUCUUCAUGGUGCUGUACGGCGAGGCCGCCGAGGGCGACCUGAAGCAGCUCGUCGCCAUCACCGGCGGCAAGGUGUUCGAUGCGCGCAAGACGCCGCUGUACGCCGUGUUCAAGGACAUCCGCGCCGUACCAAUGAGUGGACUUCUGCGAUGGCUGAACGCACCGGCCAACUGGUGCGGCCUGCUGGCGGCGACCGGCGUGCUGCGCCACGGCGAACGCCGGUUGCAAGGCCAAGGCCGUGUCGAAGGCCGCGAGUGCCUCCUCCGGGCGCCCCAUCGCCAGCAGCACAUUGCCGAGGUUGUUGUGCGCGCCGGCCAGGCGCGGCUGCAGCCGCACCGCGUCUUGCAACGCCGCGUGGGCCUGAGGCCAGUCAGCCCGCGCCAUCCACAGUGCGCCGAGAUUGGCGGCCAGUUCGGCAUCGGCGGGCAGCAGUUGACGAGCCCGCGUCAGUGCGUCAAGCGCAUCUUCACCGAGCAUCUGCUGACCGACCGACAGGGCCUUCCACAGCGCCCCCUCAUCCGGGUGGCUGUACAACAGAUUUCUGGCCUCAGAGACCAUCUCGGCAUAGCGGCCGGUCUGGAAAAGCGUGAAAAGGUUUUGAAGCCGCCUCAUCGAGCUGCUCCAGGCCGGCCGUCGCGGCGAAGACCCGUUGCAGCGCACCAGCUUCCAGAUGAGCAGCGGCCUGGACAGCCUCAGCCUCGUCGACGAACACCAGGCGCUGCAGGACGUCGCGAUCGCUCACGUCACGCGCACGGCCGAGGACCUGAGCAAGGCCGAGCUGCAUCAGAUCGGCAACUACUUCGCCGCCCUGCGCGGCAUCGCUCGGGCCCGUGA